AUUAGGCUAGAGAGAGUGGGGGGAAGAGAGAGAAAGAAGGAUGGUAAGUAUGAGGAAGAAAGAUAGGCAUGGGGAUGGGGAUGAGGAUGGGGUUGGGGAUGUGGUGGGGGGCCAAAAACAGGGGCAGGGGGGCCUCAUAACUAUGCCCUUCAUCUUUGCAAAUGAAAUAUGUGAGAAAAUGGCUGUGGUUGGGUUCGGCACAAACAUGAUCAGCUACUUAACCGGGCAGCUCCACCUGCCCGUGACCGCCGCCGCCAACACCCUCACGAAUUUCGGCGGCACCGCCGCCAUGACGCCGCUUCUCGGAGCCUUUAUUGCCGACUCCUUCGCCGGAAGGUUCUGGACCAUCACCUUCGCCUCCCUCAUCUACCAACUCGCUGGAUAAGAGAUUGAUGACGGCGAUCUGACAGUGUCGAUUCAGGAGAAGAAGAUGAAAGACGGACUGACGGCCUUCACAGUAGUGCUCGAAGGUUUAAAAAGCGAGAGACGGAGAGACAGAUGGAUUUGGUCUGGAUGGGUGGGCGCGGCGCGAUGAAACGUGAAUGAGAGAGAUUUAGGCAACGAUUAGAUUUUAAAAAAUAGGGGAUGAUAAGCUUAACAAUUUCCGCGAUACUCCCGAGCCUAAGGCCGCCUCCGUGCAAAGAUGGGAACUCAUGCAAAGAAGCCGAUACCGGCCAAUUGGCGAUCCUUUACGUUUCCCUAUUGCUGACGGCUUUGGGGUCGGGCGGGAUCCGGCCAUGCGUCGUAUCGUUCGGGGCAGACCAAUUCGACGAGAACGAUCCUGAGCAAAAAACUACCACUUGGAAAUUCUUCAAUUGGUACUAUUUUUCUAUGGGAGCAUCCAUCCUAGUGGCGAAUACGGUCAUCGUUUAUAUACAGGACAAUAUUGGGUGGGGGGUGGGGCUAGGCAUCCCCGCCGCGGCCAUGUUUAUGUCCAUUGUUGUCUUUGUUUUCGGGUACCCUUUGUACCGGAAGUUGGAGCCGGCCGGCAGCCCCUACACGCGGCUGGUGCAGGUCUGCGUCGCGGCCUACCGGAAAAGGAAGGUGGUGGCCGGCGAUGGCGACGACGGGAGAAUGUUGUAUGAAAAUGAGGAGCUUGAUGCUCCGAUCUCUAUUGGAGGUAGACUUGUUCAUUCUCAUAAUCUCAAGUUCUUGGACAAGGCCGCCAUUGUUACAGACGACGACAACCCCAAAGCUCCCAAUCCAUGGCGUCUCAACACCGUCCACCGCGUCGAAGAGCUCAAAUCCCUCCUCCGUAUGGGCCCCAUAUGGUCCGCCGGAAUCCUCCUCAUCACCGCCUCCGCCCAGCAGAGCACCUUCUCCCUCCACCAGGCCAACUCCAUGGACCGCCACCUCACGCGCCGCUUCCAGAUCCCCGCCGCCUCCAUGUCCGUCUUCACCCAAACCUCCAUGCUCUCCACCAUCCUCUUCUACGACCGCCUCCUCGUCCCCGCCGCCCGCCGCAUCACCGGCCUCCGCCGCGGCAUCUCCUUCCUCACCCGCAUGGCCAUUGGCUUCGCCAUAUCGGUGCUCGCCACCUUCGCCGCCGGCUUCGUCGAGGUCCGCCGGAAGCGCCACGGCGGCGCCGCCGAUCCCAUCUCCGUCUUCUGGCUGGCGCCGCAGUACUGCCUCCACGGCGCGGCGGAGGCGUUCGUGUCCGUCGGACAUCUGGAGUUCCUCUACGACCAGUCGCCGGAGAGCAUGCGCAGCACGGCGACGGCGCUUUUCUGGCUGGCGAUCUCCGCCGGAAACUACACGAGCACUCUCCUCGUCAGCCUCGUGCAUAAGUACAGCGCCGGAAAAAAUGGCUCCAAUUGGCUGCCGGAUAAAAACCUCGACGCCGGAAAAUUGGAGUACUUGUAUUGGCUCAUUACGUUGUUACAGGUUUUGAAUCUUAUGUAUUACUUGGUCUGCGCUAAAAUGUACACUUUAAAGCCUCUGCAAGUCCGGCCGGCCGGCGACGGUAGGGAAGACAGUGGUGACGACGGUCAGCUUGUUCAGCUGUCCGACCGGGUUUAGAUUUAGUUGCCGGUCCCGUCCGGUCCGGUUUAAAUGAUCUUGAUGAUGAUGAUGAUGAUAAAAUAUUGUCUGGUUAUCAUUUCAAA